CACCCGGCGCGCCCGGCUGUCUGCCCGCGCGCGCGCGCUCUAGCCGUUCGCCGCCUCUCCGCACGUGGCGUCCCCGCUGCCGCCCCCGCUGGGCCCAGACCCCGAGCCCGCAGCCCGCAGCCAUGGCACCCAGUCAGCUCGCCUUAUUUAGUGUCUCUGACAAAACGGGCCUUGUGGAAUUUGCCAGAAACCUAACUUCUGUUGGUUUGAAUCUGAUCGCCUCUGGAGGGACCGCAAAAGCUCUCAGGGAUGCGGGUCUGGCAGUCAGAGAUGUCUCUGAGCUGACGGGAUUUCCUGAAAUGUUAGGGGGGCGUGUGAAAACCUUGCAUCCUGCAGUCCAUGCUGGAAUCUUGGCUCGUAAUGUCCCAGAAGAUAGUGCUGACAUGGCCAGACUUGAUUUCAGUCUUAUAAGAGUUGUCGUCUGUAAUCUGUAUCCCUUUGUGAAGACAGUAGCUUCUCCAGAUGUAACUGUCGAACAGGCUGUUGAGCAGAUUGAUAUUGGUGGAGUAACCCUACUGAGAGCAGCAGCCAAAAACCAUGCUCGAGUGACAGUCGUAUGUGACCCUGAGGACUAUGUGGCCGUGUCCACAGAGCUGCAAAGCUCUGACAGCAAAGACACCUCCUUGGAGACUAGACGCCAGUUAGCCUUGAAGGCUUUCACUCAUACGGCACAAUAUGAUGAAGCCAUUUCAGAUUACUUCAGGAGACAGUAUAGUAAAGGAAUAUCUCAGAUGCCUUUGAGGUAUGGAAUGAACCCUCAUCAAACUCCUGCCCAGUUAUACACACUGAAGCCCAAGCUUCCCAUCACAGUUCUAAAUGGAGCCCCUGGAUUUAUAAACUUGUGUGAUGCUUUGAAUGCCUGGCAGCUGGUGAAGGAACUCAAAGAAGCUUUAGGCAUUCCAGCCGCUGCCUCUUUCAAACAUGUCAGCCCAGCAGGUGCUGCUGUUGGAAUCCCACUCAGUGAAGAUGAAGCUAAAGUCUGCAUGGUCUACGAUCUGUAUAAAACUCUUACACCCAUAUCAGCUGCGUAUGCAAGGGCAAGAGGGGCUGAUAGGAUGUCUUCCUUUGGUGACUUUGUUGCAUUAUCUGAUGUUUGUGAUGUCCCUACUGCCAAAAUUAUCUCCAGAGAGGUAUCUGAUGGUAUUGUUGCCCCAGGAUAUGAAGAUGAAGCUUUGAAAAUACUUUCUAAAAAGAAAAAUGGGAGUUACUGUGUUCUUCAGAUGGAUCAGUCCUACAAACCAGAUGAAAAUGAAGUUCGAACUCUCUUUGGUCUUCGUUUAAGUCAGAAGAGAAAUAAUGGUGUCAUUGACAGGUCAUUAUUUAGCAACGUUGUGACCAAGAAUAAAGAUUUGCCAGAGUCUGCACUCAGAGACCUCAUCGUAGCCACCAUUGCUGUGAAGUACACGCAGUCUAACUCCGUGUGCUAUGCCAAGAAUGGUCAGGUUAUUGGCAUUGGAGCAGGACAGCAGUCUCGAAUACACUGCACACGCCUUGCAGGGGAUAAAGCAAACUAUUGGUGGCUUAGACAUCAUCCACAGGUGCUUUCAAUGAAGUUUAAAACUGGAGUGAAGAGAGCAGAAAUCUCCAAUGCCAUUGAUCAGUAUGUUACUGGAACCAUUGGCGAGGAUGAAGAUUUGAUAAAGUGGAAGGCAUUGCUUGAGGAAGUGCCUGAAUUAUUAACUGAAGAAGAGAAGAAGAAAUGGGUUGACAAACUUAGUGAAGUUUCUGUCAGCUCUGAUGCCUUUUUUCCUUUCAGGGAUAAUGUAGACAGAGCUAAAAGGAGUGGUGUGGCCUACAUUGCUGCUCCUUCUGGUUCUGCUGCUGACAAAGUUGUGAUCGAGGCUUGUGAUGAACUGGGAAUAAUCCUUGCUCAUACGAAUCUUCGGCUUUUUCAUCACUGAUUUCAUUGCACAGUAUUUUAUGGUUUGCUUAUGUGUAGGUGAAAAAUCACAUGUGACAUUUUGACUAUCUUGUCUUAGUCAUCUUGGAUCCAUAGCUUUUGGUUGUAUUUAAUUUCUUAAAGUUAUAGGUUGUCUAGCAUAGAAACAUUACCCACAAAUAUUUGUGUGUAAGAAAUACAGGAACAUCCCUGCCUCCUGGAGCUCAGCUCAUCCCAAAACAUUGCCUGUGUGAAACAUCUAAAAAUUAUCAAGUAAGCCAGGGAAACUGAGCAGACCCUGGAGUUAGAUAGCAUAAGCAUCCUGCAGUCUCACUGGUUUCCUCAUAGGGGAUUCCACUCAUGCAGCUUUUCUUUUAGUCAGAGUUCUAAAAAGGUUGGUUGUCUCCUUUCUAAGCAAAAGUUUGAGAUUUGUUUGAAUUUUAGUGUGAUGUAUGGGUCAAGUUUCACUUUCUUUCCAUACAUUUAUCCAGGUGUUUCACCAUCAUUUGAAAAAACUGUCGGAUUGCGUGUUUGCUCAGUUAACCAUUAUUUGCAGUGGGUCUAUUUCUGGACUCUGUUCUGUUCCAUAGUUAUGUUUGUCCUAAUGCCAAUACCAUGCUGUCUUGAAAAUUGUAGCUUUAUAUUAAAAUUUUGAAAUCAGA